CCCUGAAGACGACUAGUUAGUCGAAACGUCGACCAAAUAAACGGUUCCAUUAAAACAAACCUGUACAGCAAAGCACUGUGAAAUCUUAAGUUACUAGAAAAGGCCGCGUGAACUUUUAUGAUAUCCACAAAGAAGUUGAAUAAAAAAAUGAAGAUGAAGAUGGUGGUAAUGAUGGUGAUGGUGAUGAUAAAGAAUAAGGAAGUGAUGGUCAUGAUGAUGAUGAUAAUCAUGAUGGAGAUGAAGAAGAAAGUGAAGGUGAAGAUGAACAAGAAGAAGAUGGUGAUGUUGAAGAUGAUGAAAAAGAAAGCCUUCUCUUCACAGUCGCAGGAUUCGUACAGAUGA